AUGAAUGGUCAUUCAGGGACCAUGUCGCCGGUCUCCGUAGACGGCAGUGACUGGUCGGGAAUCAAUCAGUACCAGAAAUCCGAUCCGCCCUUCUCCCCGACCUUCUCGAACCGCGGCAAUCUGGCCACCCCUCCUACUUCCGGCGUCCCCAGCGGCACCAACGGCGUGCGAAAUGGAAGUGCCUCCAGCCAGGUGAGCGACUCGGGGAACCCGUCGCCCCCCAGCUCCGUGGCCGCCCGCUCCAGCGAUGGCACGCUGGCCGAUAAGGAUAAGAAGGGCGCCCGCCACAAGAAGAUGGAGGAGUUCCUGGGUCAGCAUUAUGUGGCCUUGAGACGCUUCCUGCACAUGGGCUACCGUGACGAUCCUCGGAAUGGCAAGCAGAGCAAGGCCCGCGACAAGUUGCUGCGACUAUCAUCCACCCAGUUCCAAGAGCUGAGUACCGACGUCUACGACGAACUGCUGCGGCGCCAGCAGGCUGCGCCUUCGCCCUCGCGGCCGCCUCGCCCCGACGUUCCGCCCUUCCUGCCUCCCCGCGAGGAUUUCCACGAGAAGCGCAACCAGGCGCGUCAGAAGCUGGCGUCUCUGCAGCAUCAGCGCUUCAGAGAUCUCGCCACCGAUGUCUACUGCGAGCUGGAGCGCCGGUUCCCCCAAUUCCCGGCGCGGGAAUCCCGCCGGGCGAGUCCCGCCCCCAGUUUCCGGGGCCGCCCUUCCAAUGGCUACCCGCCAGGCCCCUACGGUCCGGGAUAUCCGCCGCCGCCUCCGGGGAGUCGACGGUCGCAAUCUCGCGGUCCGCCGCGUGGCAGAGGAGGAUAUCCGUCCGGUGGUCCCCCGGGCAGUCCGUUCCCUCCUCGGCAUGGGUCACUCGGCGGAGCGCCCUCCGUCAACGGGGAUGGUCCGACGGCGAAGUCCUUCCAGAGCAAUACAAUCGUUCCCAAUAAAAGUACCAUGGUGGAGGACGAUGAUGACAUGGCAGGCAUGGACGAUGACUAUGACGCGCGAAGCGAUGCCUUUGCUCUGGAUGUGGUGCUGCAGAGUCGACGCGGGACAACCACGACUCUAGGAGACGGGGACCGGAAGCUGCUGGUGGACACGCAGGCUCAAAAUUCGACGCUGCAGGAUAAGGUGAAUAAGCUCGAGGAGAUGCUCAAAUCAAAGGAUGAAGAGAUCGCCAAACAUCAGGAGGAUCAGAGCAAGGUGGGCAAGUUGGAAGAUCUCAUCAAAUCGAAAGACGAGGAGAUCGAUCGAUAUCGGGAAGAGCAGGAUAAGUCCCAGAUCAGUACAUUCGAACGGCAGGAAUGGGAGGACAUCAAAAUGGAGCUGGAAAACAAAAUCUCCAAGGCGGAAGAUCUGAAUAGUUCGUUGCAAUUGGAGCUUGAUAAGGUCCGAAUGGAGCACGACGCUAUGGAGCGGGAUCUUCGAACCCAAAUAGACGAUUCAUCCCGGCAAGGUGGCAACGACCCUGAGCUGCAGGCUCGUUUUGCCGACCUCGAGAUCAAGCACCGGGGUUUGCAAGGCGAACUGCAGGAACAGCAGCAGGUGACGGAGGAGGUCAGACGGGAGGCUGCCGGUUUCCUCAUGGAAAUGAGGGCUUUGUCGGAGCAAAGUCACUCGAGAUGGGAACAUGAAGAGCGCCUGUCUGGCGAAGUCCACCGGCUGGAAGAGGAGAUCAAACAGUGGAAGAGUCGGUAUGCCAAGGCGAAGUCUCAGUUACGACACCUCCGAGCCUCGACGUCCGGCAUUCCCGAGGCGCUCCCGGAUGCCAGCACCGUUGCCAGAGAUAACGAGCUGCUGCACGAGAAUGGCUUGAUCAAGGAUGUUCAUGUGACCAAAUUCCAGAUCUCCAUCGACGAGCUUCUGCGCGUGGCGCGGUUUGAUGACCACCAGCUUGUCAUGCAGCAUAUCAAGACCGUUGUGAUUGCGGUCCGUCAUGUGCUGCACGAUGUCGAAGUGUCUCCAGAUCUCGGCGAUGGGGCAUCUCAGUUGCGCACCAAGGCUACGCGCAAGGUCUCGGCGACGGCGAACAAUUUGAUCACCGCGUCCAAGAACUUCGCCAGCUCCAGCGGUCUUUCCCCGGUCUCUCUUUUGGAUGCCGCUGCCUCGCAUCUGUCAACUGCGAUCAUCGAGCUGCUUCGGCUGGUCAAGAUCCAGGCUAGCCCGGCGGAUGACCUGGACGAGGUCGAGGAGGAGCAGCAGCUCGCUCAGAUGCAAUCGCCGGACUACUUCAGCGUAACUCCCAGCCAGCGAAGAAUGAGCAACAACGGAUCUGUCUACAGCGCUAUGAGUCCUCCGUCGAACCAUUCCCGGAACCCUACAUCGGAAAAUAUCCCCAACGGCCUGGACCACCCCAUGAAGGUUAACUACGGAUUGCAACCUGAAGACCAUGAACUUCAGGAACUCAAGCUUUACGUAGAAGAUCAGACCGACGGUCUUGUCCAGUCUAUCCAGGCUCUUGUUGCCAGCAUCCGUGGAGAAGAGGGCCUAACUACCAUCCGCACCCAUGUUUCUGCGAUCUCCUCGGUCGUGACCAACGUUGUCGCGUCCACGGAGCAUUUCAUCCACAAGCCCGGCACUAGUCCCGUGCUCAUGGACCGAGCCGGGUCCACCAUUGAAACUCUGGAUUAUCACCGGAGCCGACUGCUGAAGGCCGCAGCGGAAGGCGAAGGCCUCUCCUACGAUGAAGUCUUCAAUACCGUCACGAACAAACUUCCUCCCAUCGCUUUUGAAAUCGCCAGGGUGACUAAGGAACUUGUGCAGCGGUUAGAUCCGGGGCAUGAGGAUGACGCCGAGGAUGAUUUCCGGUAA